AUGUCUGCACGUGUUGCUGUCAUUGGCGCUGGCCCAUUUGGCCUGGCUGGUUUGAAGAACAUGAGAGAAGCUGGGUUUGAUGCCAUCGGAUUCGAAAGGCGCGGCUAUGUGGGUGGGAUCUGGAAGCACUCUCAGGACGGCAGAAUCUCUGUCGUUCCAAACACGGUGUUCAACGGAAGUCGAAGUCGCAGUGCCUUCACAGACUUUCCUUUCAGCGAGACUGUCAGCGACUACCCUACCUGCGACCAACUCUACGAUUAUUUGCAGGACUACGCAGACGCAUUCAAGCUGCGAGAUCAUAUCAGACUCAAUACAUCGGUGAACACUAUACGGCGAGUUGGCGGCAGAUGGGAGCUUGAACUACAGACGGUUGGCAACGAAGACGUCUACACCGAGAUCUUCGACAAAAUCCUCGUAGCUACCGGAUCUUUCCAGACUCCAAAGUACCCAACCGUACCAGGCAUCGAGCUGUUCGAUCCGAAACACGUCACUCACUCACUCCACUACACACCCUCAGAAGACUACAAGGACAAGAAAGUCCUCCUUAUAGGAUUCCAUGCCACGGCAAAGGUCUAUCUAUCGCGACGAAACAAUCUGCUGCUGCUGAGGAAAUUCGAUGAUGAGGGAAGACCAUUCGACCAAACUCAGACAAUGGUCUUCUGCUCAGUCAUCGCAAUCUUUGAGGCCGUCUGCCCGAGAUUCUUCUACUGGCUUCUCGACAACUUCAUGGCGUCGCAAACCAAGAAACAGUUUCCCAGCUUAAAGAAGUACAACAACUUCCUUCCCGCGCCUUCGAUGGCAACGACAACCCCUGUUGCUGCCGAUGUCUUGGUGCCAUACAUUGAUAAUGGCUUUGUUGAGCCGAUCGGUAGCAUCCGACGCGUUACAGGCCCUCGAUCGGUGGAACUCAAUGAUGGACGUGUCCUUGAUGACGUGGAUCGUAUCAUCUACUGUACGGGCUACCAUUUCGACCAGCCCAGUCUUCCGACAGAAUACCAACCCGCGCCCGUGCAUGGAGUCCCGCCUAAGCUGUACCGUAACAUCUUCUCGCUGCACGACGACGAAGGCGUGCGCGACAGUCUUGCGUUUCUUGGGCAAGGCGCGGCUUUCUUCUCGGGAUUCUCUAUGUUCGAGGUCCAGUCUAUGGCUAUCGCGCAAGUCUGGAAAGGCAACUCGAAGCUGCCGUCCUACAAGGAGAGGCUGGCCUGGUAUAAGGCCAACCUAGACGACUUCAACGCCAAGCACGGCAGGAUGACGACGAAUGCCACUCACUACUCAGUCCUACUUCCACUCGGUGAAACGCUAGACUUCUUAAACAAGACUGCUGGCCUAGGUCUUGAGAAUUGUGGGUGGUUCAGUGCGAAAGGGUGGUCACUCUGGUGGAAUGACCGCGAGCUUUACAAGAUUUGCCGAACUGGGCUGUUCUCACCUGCUAUCUUCAGGCUGUUCGAGACAGGGAAACGAAAGACAUGGAAUGGCGCAAGGUCGCAGGUGUUCAAGGACAAUGAGUUCGCCAAACAGCGAGCUGCGGAGAGACGGACGAGGAUCGCAGAGGGUAAGAAGGUCCAGUAA